CAAUAUUGAUAUUUAAUACUAUUUUAGUUAUUUAUUACAAUGUUGUAAAAUUUGUAACAAUUUUCUAAGAAAUAACCCAGAUUUAAAAAAAAAAUCAACGCAUUUGCUGAGAAGAUAUUACAAGUAAAAAAAAAAAUGACAAUUAGCAGUUUGAUUCGCAAUGUUGUAUAUGGUAAAGGAACAACGCCGCUACCAAAUGGAAUUUUAGUCUCACUUUUUUUACUAAUUCUUAGCAAUGGAAUGAUUUCUACAAAUGUUUUUUCUUAUUUGCCAGAGCUUGUAAAGGUUUUUGGUGCAUCAGAAGUUGAUGCAGGAAAAAGAGCUGGUUUUAUUGCAUCAAUAAUGUUUAUUACAAGAAUAUUUAGCAGCAUAAUGUGGGGAUUUAUCUGUGACAAAUUUGGAACAAAGGUUGCCUUGAUUAUUUCUGGAGCUGGUCUUGUAGCAUCUACUAUUUUUUUUGGAUUUAGCAUGAAUUAUACCUGGGCUAUUAUUGCUAGAUCUAUUCAAGGAUUGUGCUCAGGUAUGACAGUAAUAUCAAAAGCAAUUGUGUUUGAUGUUUCUGAUGAUACAAACAUUGCUGUUGCUUUCAGUAUACUAUUUUCUGGAUCUAACAUCGGAUUAAUUUUGGGACCUAGUAUUGCAGGUUAUCUGGUGUUUCCUGUUACUAAAUACCCAAAGGUUUUCAGUCAAGGAACAUUCUUUGACAAUUUUAAGAUUGUAAUACCUAACCUUCUAUUUGCUAGUGCGGUAUUAGUUGCACUUUUAGUGACAGUUUUUCUUCUGCCAAAGAAAAAAAUAAAUUUAGAGGAACAGGAAGUCGUAGUUGAAAAUGCUAGUUUUCAAAAUUCAUUAAUCGAUUCAAAUGUUUAUUUAAACUGUUCUAUCAAUGCUGACACAGUUCAAACAAUUGUGACAGAAAAAUCAGGGUUGCUUGAUUCAAAGAAGCCAACAGUUUUAAAGUAUUUUUUUUGGUUUAAGAAUACGAAGUUUGGAAAACUUCUAGGGAACAGAUAUUAUUUACUUCUGAUAUUAAUCUACUGUGCAUACUCUGUGCUGAUUGUGGGUCACAAUGAGUUAUUUCCUGUGUUUGCGGCUACUCUACCACAAUAUAAUGGACUUGGUAUGACAUCAUCAGAUAUUGGAUUACUUUUUUUAAUAGUUUCAUUUUUACUUUUCAUAUCUCAAAUGACUAUUUUAAAUAAGUUGACAAAUAAGUUUGGUUCAAAAAAGGUAUUUUGUGUAUCUACAUUAUUUUAUGGUGCGUUUGUAGCCCUGGUCCCAACAGCUUAUUUUAUGCAAACAAGAUCGGCUUUAUGGGUGGCGACAUCUAUUAAUCAAAUCUGUAUUAGAAUGACAGGGUCUGCUGGAUUUAUAGCAAUGAAUAUUUUUUUAAAUAAUUCAGUUGACUCAGAUAUUCUUGGAUUAGCAAAUGGGUUAGCAAUGUCUGUUGGCUCCAUUGGAAGUUCCGUUGGCGCUGUUGCAUUUGGAAAUGCUUUUACUUGGUCAAUGAAAAACAUUAAAAAUGCGCAAGAAAACAACACUUCGGCUGUGUUUCCUAUAAACCAAUAUUUCGCGUUUGUGAUAAUGGCAAUUUUGUCGAUGUUAGUUUUUUUGUGUGCGCUUUGUAUUCCUUCAUAUUUGAACAAAAAAAAAACCCGAACUGCACAACAACGCUCGGCUACGAUUGUUACAACAACAUAUUUUCGUUUUAGCCAAUAGAAUUGAAAGUAAUUGUGUAAGCAUAAAUUGUUUGGAUUGUAAACAAACUAACCAAAGCUUUAAAAAUAGAUAAUGUAUUUCAAACUUUUAGUUACGCUUUUAACAACAACAGUUAAAAAUAUAGCUUGCUUACCAAAAGAGCGCCAAAAUUGGUGUAUCGAUAUCAUAGAGAACCCCUUGGAUGUAUGUAAUAAUAAUAUUUAAAAUAUUUAUAUUAUUAUAUUUAGUAUAAAUAGUAA